AUGGAUUCCAUUGCUGUUUCUGAAACUUGGAAUUCUAGGGCUAAAUUCAGAUGGUGUCUUCCGACGGUGGAGGUCGCUGUUCGAUCGCAGAGGAUGAGAGACCGAAAAGGCAGAAGACUGAAAAGUCAUAUCGGAAAAGACAGAAGAAACACAGUUUUGACAAAUACACCUCGAGAUUGUGGGGGAGGGCACCUUCCAAGGUUAUGGUAUACACAGGUACUGUAGCGUGUGAUGAAGCGCGCAGCCUUCUGACCGCACAGGUUGCCUUAUCAGGUUUCAAUGAGAGAAGUAAAUUGAAUGAGCAGGGUCCUUAUGAGGAAUAUGAGCUUGUUCGAGUACUUGGCUGUGUUAUCACGUCAUCAUAUCGUUCUUGCUGUCCAUGUCUGCAUUGCAAUUUCAUUGCAAGGCCGAAAAAUCAAAGCAAUGAAUCCCUGGCAGCAGAGGAUAAUUGUAAGCUUUUUUUCGGGGAAGUGAAGGGUCACCGCAGUGAUUCACACUGCAGUUUUUGCUGCAUCUUAGGGCCACCUGGUACUGUGACAGGGCUCUGUGGCUGUGAUUUACAUUGUCGUUACCUUCCUGAACUCAUUCAACAUCCUGAAGGCGGUGGAUACAAAAUGAAAUGCAAUCCCGACUUGCCUCCUUAGAUGGCAGGGUCGUUAUAAAUUAUUAUGUUGGUGAUGCGUGUUUGUAGGCAUCGUUUCUUAUGUGUUUGCUUGCACUAUAUGGAGUAUGUUAAUAAUUCACGUGAAUGGUUGUCAGUCAAGGAUUGGUUUUUCAAUUUUCACCAUCCCCUCAUCUAAUACGUAGUAUGCUAAAAAAAUUAUGCUCCCACUCGAAGUAUUUCUUAUAAAUACUCGAAGUAUGUGUUCAAAAGUCAUUAUGACCAUAGAUAUGUUCAUUUCCCAUUGACGUAAUUAAGUAAACUACAAGUAUAAACUAUAAGGUUUGCAGUGGGC